AACAGCAUGCCUAAGCAAGUGGAGGUCCGAAUGCAUGAGAGUCACCUGGAGCCCAUAGAGGCAACCCCUCGCUCCAAAUGUGGACUGUUGUGUCAGAAGAUGCGCAAGAACCUGCUCCUCACACUCACCGUGCUGGGUGUGAUCCUGGGAGCAGUGUCUGGAAUGCUCUUGCGUGUUGCUUCCCCCAUUGAUGACAAUAUCAUCAUGGUGAUCGCCUUCCCUGGAGACAUCCUGAUGAGGAUGCUGAAGAUGCUUAUUCUUCCUCUCAUCAUCUCCAGUUUGAUCACAGGUCUGGCUGGUCUGGAUGCCAAGUCCAGUGGUCGUCUUGGCACCAGAGCUAUGGUUUACUACAUGUCUACCACUGUUAUUGCUGCUGUGCUGGGUGUGAUACUGGUGCUGGCCAUCCACCCUGGCAACCCCAAACUGAAGGAGAAACUGGGUGAGGGACACAAGAAUGAUGAGGUGUCCAGCCUGGAUGCCUUCUUCGACCUCAUCAGGAACCUCUUCCCCGAGAAUCUGGUGCAAGCUUGCUUCCAGCAGAUUCAGACUGUGGUGAAAAAAGUGGAGAUUAUACCCGAAGAUGAUGAUUCCAAUGCCACCAUGGUUGACUACCUCAAUACCACCAAGCCUCCUCCAAUAUACAAAGACAAAAAAUCCCUGCAGUUCAAGAGUGGAAUGAACGUUUUGGGUCUGAUUGGUUUUUUCAUUGCCUUUGGCAUCUGCAUGGGGAAGAUGGGCGAGAAAGCCAAACUCAUGAUUGACUUCUUCAAUAUUCUGAAUGAGAUUGUGAUGAGGCUGGUUAUCAUGAUCAUGUGGUACUCUCCCUUUGGCAUUGCCUGCCUGAUCUGUGGGAAGAUCAUCUCCAUCAAAGAUCUGGAGGUGGUUGCAAGGCAACUGGGCAUGUACAUGGUCACGGUCAUCAUUGGCCUUAUCAUCCAUGGUGCCAUAUUUUUGCCCGCCAUCUACUUCGCCAUCGUCAGGAAAAACCCCUUCACCUUCUUCAUGGGCAUCUUUCAGGCAUGGAUCACUGCUCUGGGCACAGCCUCCAGUGCUGGUACUCUGCCUGUCACCUUCCGCUGUCUGGAGGAGAACCUGGGCAUCGAUAAGAGAGUGACCCGAUUCGUACUUCCUGUCGGUGCCACCAUCAACAUGGAUGGAACAGCCUUGUACGAGGCUGUGGCUGCAAUCUUCAUUGCCCAGAUGAAUGGCAUUGACCUGGACCCUGGUCAGAUUGUCACUGUCAGUUUGACGGCUACGCUGGCCAGUGUUGGAGCAGCCAGUAUUCCUAGCGCAGGACUGGUGACCAUGUUGCUGAUUCUGACGGCUGUUGGACUGCCCACUCAGGAUAUUAGCCUGUUGGUGGCUGUUGAUUGGCUCCUGGAUCGUUUCCGGACCUCUGUUAAUGUGGUGGGUGACUCAUAUGGUGCGGGCAUUGUCUACCACCUGUCCAAGGCGGAGCUCGAAGCUCUCGAUGCCCAGCAUGGGAAGUCUGACGACAUUGAGAUGAUGACUAAGACCCAGUCCUAUUACGACGACCUAAAGAACCACCAUGAAAACAACUCCAACCAGUGCGUCUAUGCCGCUCACAAUUCAAACUUGGUAGAUGAAUGCAAGGUAACCUCAGCCACAAACGGCUCGUCUGCGGAGUACACGCUUGUUGAGGAGGAACCAUGGAAACGAGAAUAA